AAACACACAAACCCUACAUAUGUUGUGGAACUAUGGGAGAGAGAGAAACAUUGAGUAGAGAGAGAAAGGGAGAAGAGAUGAACAAAUGGUUGGGGUUUUCUUUGACACCUCAUUUGAGAAUCUCCGAUAGAGUUCAAGAAGAAGACGAAGAAAACUAUGUUGCGACUAAUCAACAAAAGGCUCUCAUGCCUCAUUCGGAUGGUUCUCCCUUUUUCACUGAUCCUCUCACACAUCAUCCUCAUCCUGUCUGGCAAUAUGAUAUUAACCUUAAUCAUGAUGAUGAUCAUCAUCAUGACGAAGAAGUGCCAAAGCUGGAAGAUUUCUCCUCCAACUCUCAUCAAACCGAGUGUCCUCCUAUAAGCGGCAAUUACCAAACCAAUGUGAACUGCACUACAAUGCUUAACAGAUUAAGCCCACAUGGUUACCUUCUCUGCGAGCAAACCGUAUCUACACCACAAUACUCGAACCUAGAUACCAACCUAAGCCGUGAUUAUGGAGGUUCGGUCUCGGUUUUCAAAUCUUGGUUAGGGCAAGGCACUCCAACAUUUCCAGUCUCGAAUACUUAUGUUAGUGGAGAGGGCAGUACGAGCAAUACUAGUAACUUUAGUCACGAAGAGACUGAUUAUAACACCAGUGGCUCGACGUUAUUGUUGACUAUGAGCCAUGGCGCUGCUUCUGAUCUGAUCAACGAAUUAAAUGUAUCUGUACCGGUGGAAGAACCGGUUAAGGUAGACGAGAAGAGAAAGAGUUUGGUCGGUAAAUCGCAGGCCAAGGAACCGGUGGAAACGAGGAAGUCGGUUGAUAGUUUAGGGCAAAGAACUUCUCAGUAUCGUGGAGUUACAAAACAUAGGUGGACAGGGAGAUAUGAAGCUCACUUAUGGGACAAUAGCUGUAAGAAAGAAGGACAGUCGCGAAGGGGAAGACAAGUGUAUCUUGGAGGGUAUGAUGAUGAGGAGAAAGCUGCGAGGGCUUAUGAUUUAGCGGCCAUGAAGUAUUGGGGUCCUACUACUCACUUAAAUUUCCCUUUGAGUAAUUACGAAAAGGAGAUGGAGGAACUCAACAACAUGACUAGGCAAGAAUUUGUUGCCAUGUUGAGGAGGAAUAGCAGUGGAUUUUCAAGGGGAGCUUCGAUUUACAGAGGAGUCACAAGGCAUCAUCAACAUGGAAGAUGGCAAGCUAGGAUCGGAAGAGUUGCUGGAAACAAAGACUUGUACCUUGGCACAUUUAGCACGCAAGAAGAAGCAGCGGAGGCGUACGAUAUCGCGGCAAUAAAAUUCAGAGGUGUAAACGCUGUUACCAAUUUCGAUAUAUGCAGAUACGACGUGAAGAGAAUAUGUUCAAACUCUACGAUCAUCAAUAGUGACCAGGCCAAACGUUCACCCUCCAACUUUGCCUCUGGCCAAUAACGAUUAAAGUGAAACUCCUUGCCGGAGAGGGGACGGUCCCAGGUUGACAAGAAAUCUGUAAGAAAACCAAAAUACCCUUCGAAAUAUGAACGGUAUCCAAGAGACCAAAAUACCCUUCGAGAUCUGAACGGUACCCAUCGAGAUAUGAUUGGGAGGUAUGUGGCAGAGAUUAAGUCAGAAGAUCCUAAAAAUCAAUUGUGGGGAACAAGAUGAAUGUGGUCCUUAGUUUGAGGGGGAGAAUGUGAG